GCGAGGUGACGGCACGACCCGAUCGCACGUUGGCGCGAGCGGGCGGGCGGCACAGCACAGUUCCGCCUCGCGCACCGCACCGCACCGAGAUUAUUUGCCAUUUUUAUAAUCGCGUUACAUGAGAGUCGCGUCCGCUUGGCCUGGCUGGCUGGCUCCCCUCCAACCUCCUCUCCUGUCGCGCUUGCGCCUGUGCUCCUCACGUCGUGCCGCGGUCGCGUUGCCCUCCACCACCACCAGCCCACCGCCCCCGCGUCGCUGCUGCAGCUGCUGCUGCUUCGUGGUCCGCCGUACGCCCCCGAGGCGGAUCGUGCCGCCGCAUAGGGGACCGGCGAUUGGCGUGCGCCCGAGGGGAGGAGAUCGCCCGUCGGCGCCGCCGACCGAGCCGCGACUCCUCCCGUCCGAUCGCAGCGCUUUGAAGGCCCGACCCUCUGUACACCGGGGGGGGGGGGGCUCGAUCGCCGCAGAUGAAACAUGGCUUCGAUGUUAAACAUUGUUAUAGGCUCUCAUGUGUGGUUGGAAGAUAAAGAUUUAGCUUGGGUUGAUGGUGAGGUCUUCCGAAUUGAUGGGCAAAAUGCCCAUGUUCGCACAACCAAGGGAAAAACGGUCAUUGCAAAUAUAUCGGAUAUACACCCUAAAGACACAGAAGCACCACCUGAUGGAGUUGAUGACAUGACAAGGUUAUCAUACUUGCAUGAGCCUGGUGUUUUAGAUAACCUGGCUGUCAGAUAUGCCAAAAAUAUAAUUUAUAGCUACACUGGCAAUAUUUUGAUUGCAAUAAAUCCAUUCCAAAGGCUGCCUAAUCUGGUUGAUGUCCGUACUAUGGAAAAAUACAAAGGCGCAGAUCUUGGUGACCUAGAUCCUCAUGUAUUUGCAAUAGCUGACGUCUCUUACAGGCAAAUGAUAAACGAAGGAAAGAGUAACUCCAUUUUGGUCAGUGGUGAAAGUGGUGCUGGCAAAACUGAAACUACUAAGUUAUUGAUGAGAUAUCUUGCAUUUUUGGGUGGGAGAUCUGGAACAGGAGCGAGGACAGUCGAACAGCAGGUUUUAGAAUCUAACCCAGUCCUUGAAGCUUUUGGGAAUGCGAAAACUGUUCGGAACAACAACUCAAGUCGAUUUGGUAAAUUUGUUGAAAUCCAAUUUGACAAGAGUGGGAAGAUAUCUGGUGCUGCCAUUAGAACUUACUUGCUUGAGAGAUCUCGAGUCUGCCAAACUAAUAGUCCAGAGAGAAACUACCAUUGCUUUUACUUCCUGUGUGCAGCACCAUCAGAGGAUCUAAAGAAGUAUAAGCUGGGGGACCCAUCUUCAUUUCACUAUCUCAAUCAGUCAGCUUGCAUUAAAGUUGAUGGGAUCAACGAUGCUGAAGAAUAUCUCGCAACAAGAACUGCAAUGGAUACUGUUGGCAUCACUGAGCAAGAACAGGAAGCUAUAUUCCGGGUUGUUGCUACUGUGCUUCAUCUUGGAAACAUUAACUUUGCGAAAGGGAGAGAGGCAGAUUCAUCUGUAAUAAAGGAUGACAAAUCUAGAUUCCAUCUUAAUACAGCAGGAGAGCUCUUGAUGUGUGAUUGCAAGAAGUUGGAGAACGCCUUAAUAAAUAGGGAAAUAAAUACGCCAGAAGGAGUGAUUACCACUUCAGUUGGUCCUAAUUCUGCUACUAUUAGUAGGGAUGGUCUAGCAAAACAGAUAUACUCUCGAUUAUUUGACUGGCUUGUGAAUAGAAUAAAUGCAUCAAUAGGACAAGACCCAAACUCGAACCAACUGAUCGGGGUACUUGAUAUAUAUGGUUUUGAAAGUUUUAAAACUAACAGUUUUGAACAACUAUGCAUCAAUUUUACCAAUGAAAAACUCCAGCAACAUUUUAACCAGAAUGUCUUCAAAAUGGAGCAGGAGGAGUAUACAAGGGAGCAGAUUAAUUGGAGCUAUAUAGAGUUUGUUGACAACCAAGAUGUACUUGACUUGAUUGAAAAGAAACCAGGUGGCAUUAUUGCACUUCUUGAUGAAGCCUGCAUGUUCCCAAAGUCAACACACGAGACAUUAUCUCAGAAACUGUAUGAAAAGUUCAAGAGCCACAAAAGAUUCACCAAACCAAAGCUUUCCCGUACUGCAUUUACAGUUCAACAUUAUGCUGGAGAUGUAACAUAUCAAUCUGACCAAUUCCUGGAUAAAAACAAAGACUAUGUGGUAGCAGAGCAUCAAGAAUUACUUAAUGCUUCCAAGUGCCCUUUUGUAUCUGGUUUAUUUCCACCAGUGACAGAAGAGAACACAAAAUCAUCAAAAUCCUCGAUUGCGACCCGCUUUAAGAUGCAACUUCAUGAGCUCAUGGAGACUUUGAGCUCUACGGAACCACAUUACAUUAGAUGUAUAAAACCAAAUAGUGUUCUUAAGCCUGCCAUUUUUGAGAACACCAACGUUCUACAGCAGCUUCGAUGUUCAGGUGUUCUUGAAGCCAUUAGAAUCAGCUGUGCUGGAUAUCCCACACGGAAGCUAUUUCAUGAUUUUCUUCAUCGCUUUCGUGUUCUUGCUCCUGAAAUUUUGAAAGAAAAAAAUGAUGAAAAAGUCACCUGCCAAAAGAUUUUGGACAAAAUAGGAGUACAGGGUUAUCAGAUAGGAAGAACUAAGGUAUUUCUGAGAGCUGGUCAAAUGGCUGAACUGGAUGCUAGAAGAACAGAGGUGCGAAACAAUGCAGCCAGAGGUGCUCAGAGUCAAUUCCGUACUCAUGUUGCUCGUGAGCAGUUCUUAAUUCUACGGAAUGCAUCUAUCUGUUUGCAAUCCUUUGUUAGAGCAAGAUUGGCUUGUAAGCUACACGAGUUCUUGAGACAACAAGCAGCAGCACUGAAAAUUCAGAAAAACACCCGGUGGUAUUUUGCAUGGAAAACUUAUUAUCAACUACGCUUGUCAGCAAUUACGUUGCAGACAGGGCUAAGGGCCAUGGUAGCUCGCAAUGAAUUCAACAUCAGAAAGCAAAAUAAAGCUUCUAUCCAUGUCCAGUCCCGGUGGCGGUGCCACAGAGAUUAUUCAAAUUAUAUAAAACUGAAGGGAGCAGCACUAACAUAUCAAUGUGCUUGGCGAAGAAGGGUUGCCCGGAAGGAGCUACAAAAGCUCAGAAUGGCUGCAAGAGAUACGCAAGCUCUAAAGGUGGCAAAAGAGAAACUUGAGGAGCGUGUGGAAGAGCUAACAAGCCGCCUGGGCCUAGAGAAGAAACUAAGGACUGAUUUGGAGAAGUCCAAGGUAGAAGAAGUUUCUAAAUUGCAGGCUGCUCUUCUUGAGAUGGAGCAGCGAGUACAAGAAGUCACAGCAAUGCAGGAGAGAGAAUCAGCAAAAAAGGCUGUUGAAGAAGCUCUGGCUCAAGAAAGAGAAAAGAUCAGUUUAUUGACUACUGAAAAUGAGGGCCUCAAGGCGCUGCUAAUAGCAGAACGCGAGGAGAAUGAUGUAAAAAAGAAAGAACAUGCUAAUGCUCAGGAAAGAAAUGAAGAAUUAAAUAAGAAAGUCAAGGGCACAGAUGAAAAGAUCAAACAGUUUAGUGAUAUUAUACAGAGACUAGAAGGGACUGUAAGGGAAGGAGAGGCCCUUCUGCUAACAGAAAGGCAACAAAGUGAAGCAGCUAGCACUGCACUAGCUGAAUCUCAAGUGAGAAAUGAAGCAUUAGCAAGCAAGCUUGAAGAUGCUGUGAACCAAAAUGAUCUCCUCUGUGAAACUGCUAAAAGUUUUGAAGAAGCCAUGGCAAAUCUGGAAUCUUCACUGACAGUUGAAAAGCAACAGCAUGAGGCAGAUAUGGUAGAACUAGUUGAAGCACGAGAGAAAAUUGAAGAGCUUCAGAGAGAAGUUGGGGAUACUGACGAAAAAUCCACUCUGCUUCAGACUACUAUACAAAGACUUGAAGAAAGAUUAAGGGAGAAGGAUGCUCUGUUGAUCACAGAAAGACAAGAAAAUGAAGCGAGUAAGAAAUUGCUCAGCAAAUCUCAGGAUAGAAAUAAGGAGUUACUCAAUAAAAUUGAAGACGCUGAAAAAAAUAAUGCUCAAUUCCAAGACACCAUCCAAAGACAUGAAGAAAAUAUAACAGCACUGGAAACUUCACUGAGAACUGAAAGGCAGCAAAACGAUGGAAUCAUGAAGCAACUAACUGACUCUCAGGGAGAAAUAGGAGAGCUGCAAAGGAAGCUUGAAGAUGCUGAUAGCAGAAACAGUCUGCUUCAAGAUUCUUUACAGAGACUUGAAGAAGAUGCUACUACAAGAGAGGGCUUAUUGGUAGCUGAAAAGCAAGAAAAUGAAGUGACAAAAAAGACACUAACUGAAGCUCUGGAUCAAAUAGAGGAAUUAGUCAAGGAAGUUGAGUGUACUAACCACAGUGUGCAUCAGCUUCAAGAUAGUAUACAAAGACUUGAACAAAGUGCAGUUGCAAGAGAGGCAAUUUUGCUAACGGAACGUCAGGAAAAAGAUGCAACAUCAAAAGCGCUAGCAGAGGCACAAGGAAGGAUUGAGGGUUCACUGAAGGAAAUUUACUCUGCUAAUAGAAAAAUUGAUCAACUUCAAAAAACUAUAGAGAGGUUAGAAGAGGGUGCAACAACAAUAGAUGCUGAGCAUGAUCAAACAAAGAAAGAACUUUUUGAAGCUCAAGAGAUAAACAAGGAAUUACUAAUGAAAAUUGAGGAAGAUGAGAAAAAGAUAGACCGGCUCCUAGAGAAUGUGGAGAGACUUGAAAAAGAAGCAACUGCAAGAGAGUCUUUGCUGCUUAUGACAAAGCAAAGUCAUGAUGGCACUAUAAAAGUUCUGGUUGACGCUCAAGAGAGAAACCAAGAGUUGAUGAACAAACUAGAGGGCUCAGAUAGCAAAAUUGGUCUGCUCGAAGAUUCAGUAAAAAGACUUGAACAAGAUGGCACUGCCAAUGAAGCCUUAUUGCUAACCGAAAAACAGGCACAUGAGGCAACAAGGAAGACUCUCACUGAAGCACAGGAAAGGAAUGAAGAAUUGCUGAAGAAAAUUCAUGAUGAUGAGAAAAAUAUUCUUCAACUUCAGUUUACUAUACAGAGGUUUGAGGAAAAUACAGUUGCAAAUGAGAAUUUGUUGUUGAGAGAAAGGGAGCAAAAUGAUGCAACAACAAAAGUGCACAUUGAAAGUCAAGAAAGAUAUGAAGAACUACUAAAGAAAUUCGUGGAUGUUGACAGUAAAAUUGAUCUUCUUCAAGAUACCAUAGAAAGGCUUGGAGAAAAUACAACUACAAAGGAUGCUCUGUUGCUAUCAGAGAGGCAUGAGAAGGAUUCAAUUAAGAAAGCACAUACUGAGGCUGAAGAGAAAAACAAAGUGUUACUAAUGAAAGUUGAAGAUGCUAAUGAAAAAAAUGAACACCUUCAAACUACAAUAAACAAGCUUGAAGAAAACAUCUCUGCAAAAGAUGUUUCUUUGGAAGCUGCAAUGCAAGAGAAUGUCACAAUCAGGAAAUCUCUUACUGAAGCACAAGAGAGAAAUGAUGAAUUACUCAAGAAAAUUAACGAUAGUGAAUACAGGAUCCACUUACUUCAAGACACAGCACAGAAGCUUCAAGUAGAUGCUAUAUCAAGAUUGUCUUCUUUUGUAAUGGAAAAACAAGAAAGUGAUGCUGCCAAGAGAGCUGUUACUGAAGCUCAUGAAAGAAAUGAAGAUUUACUGAAGAGAAACGAGGACCUCCUCAAGAGGAAUGAUGAUUUGAUUAAGAAAAUUGAAGAGUCUGGUAAAAUUGUCACUCAACUUCAGGAGGCCUUACAAAGGCUUGAAGGAAAAGCAGCCAACUUAGAGGCUGAGAACCAAGUUCUCCAUCAACAAGCAAUUGCAACUCCGUCUACUGCCAAAUCCUCAGCUUCACGCUCAAAAAUAACAAGGAUCUAUAGAAGCCCAGAGAAUGGCCAUAUGUUGAAUGGUGGCAUAACACAAACUGAAAUGAAGCCCUCAACUGGCACAUCAGAAGCAAUACCCUCAGUGGGCAAUGUUCCUGACUUGAGCAACCAAAAAGAUUUUGAACAUGGAGAAAAACUUCAAAGAGCACUUAAUCAGAAAUAUCAGUCUUCCCAGCACCAGCAGCCCCAGGAUGAUCAGCAGUUGUUACUCACUUGCAUUUCACAAUAUCUUGGAUUUUCCGGGAGCAAGCCUGUUGCAGCUCUUCUUAUAUAUCAAUUCCUUCUUCAUUGGAGAUCAUUUGAAGCAAUGAAAACGGGCAUCUUCGACAGCAUUCUACAGACUAUAAACUCAGCAAUAGAGGCUCAAAAUGACAUGAGAACAUUGGCGUAUUGGUUGUCCAACUUAUCUACGUUAACAGUUCUCCUUCAGCGGUCAUACAAAACUACUCGGACAGCAAUCUCAACUCCGCAAAGGCGAAGAUUUUCGUCGGAAAGGAUCUUUCAUGCAAAUCAAACUUCAAAUGCUGGGCUUGCUUAUCUCAGUGGCCAAUCAGUUGUUGGAUCUGCUGGACUAGCCCAAGUUGAAGCAAAAUAUCCAGCUUUGCUCUUCAAACAGCAGCUUGUGGAUCUAAUUGAAAAGGUUUAUGGUAUGAUAAGUGACAGUGUGAAAAAGAAGCUAAACCCUUUGCUUGAAUUGUGUAUACAGGAUCCACGAACUUCACACUCAAGUCAAGCAAAAGGCCAUCUGAAUGGCCUGGGCCAACAGAACCAACUCGCGCAUUGGUUGGGCAUUGUGAAAAUCCUCACCAGCUACUUGGAUGUACUGAGGGCAAAUCAUGUUCCAUCAAUUUUGGUGCACAAACUGUUCGCUCAAAUAUUUUCACUGAUUGAUGUUCAACUAUUUAACCGACUACUUUUGCGGCGUGAGUGCUGUUCGUUUAGUAAUGGGGAAUAUGUCAGAGCUGGACUAGCUGAACUAAAACAUUGGUCCGACAAUGCUACUGGAGAGUUUGCAGGUUCAGCCUGGGAGGCACUGAGGCAUAUCAGACAGGCUGUUGAUUUCUUGGUGAUUUCUCUAAAGCCAAUGAGGACAUUAAGAGAGAUACGCACUGAUGUGUGCCCCACCCUCAGCAUACAACAGCUAGAGCGAAUAGUCAGUAUGUACUUGGAUGACGUGAAUGGUACAAACACUAUUUCAGCAGAGUUUACAUCCAGCUUGAAAACUGUGGUACAUGAGGAAUCGAAUACUGUCACGACUUUUUCUAUACUACUAGAUGAUGAUUCCAGCAUACCUUUUUCACUUGACGAUAUUACAAAGACAUUACCAGUCAUUGAGGUGGCUGAUGACGACUUGCUACCUUUUGUCCAUGAAAACCCAAACUUUGCCUUUUUAUUGCAAAGGAGGGAGUAGUAAAUUUUUUCUCACCACUGAGACUUCGCCGCUUGUGGAUAAGCCAGGAGUCCUAUCUAGGAUGUACAGUACGCGUGAUUCUUUUUAUACCAGAUGGCAAGCAAUCGAAGAGUAGUUGCUAGGAGAGAUUAUAGGCUUCUGAUUUUUAUUGAUUGGUUCGUUGAUUGUAUGUGUAUUUAGGUUGUUCUUGCCCCUUUUUUCAUUGUAGUCAUUUUUUGGCUUGUAUACUAAGGGGGCUAAGGGCAGAAGGCCCUGCCCUUUUAAGCAUAGUAGCACGAGGUUAUGCUGUAAGUAGGGAAGCUGUACAUGUGUUGUAAAUGAUAGAAGAAAAUAGACGUCAUUGUUCUGCUGGUGUAGAAAGAUGGCUUUGUGGUUGGCGUGUAUUAUUAGUUCAUUGCAUAAUUGUUGUAUUGCACAU